CUAUAAAUAAAGCCCCUCAAGAAGAACUUAAAAGAACAAGAAAUCCAAUAGAUACAUAAAUUGUUCUUCAAUUUAUCUUCAAAGUUCAAACAAGAAUUAUUGAAGAUGGAACUUAUAUAUGGUAAAAAAGAAGCAAAGAGACUGCUGAUUUGUCAAGGUUUUGCACUGAAAUCAACACCAAUGCUUGAAGCUCACAAUUACGAGAAAUAUAUGGAAAUUGAACUUUUACAUGUUGCAGCAGUUCAGGUGAAGGCUUCGCGAGAUUUACCCGUGGAAAUCGCGGCGAUAGAGCGAAAAUUGGCUAUUGUUGGUGAUAUUGUGACUUGCCUAAAGUCAUGCAAUGUAAAAAGUGAUUGUGAUGAUGCUUGGGUUUGUAGUGAUUGUGCACCAAAUGCUUUCCCUGGUGGAUACCAUUGUGAUGUGCUCACAGCUAAUGGUCAAGGAUAUUAUUCAACUAUGUUACAAGCACGUUACAACAAGCAAACUCUUUAAUUAUAUUAUAUAUUGCAAAUUAAUAUCAAGUUAUGUUUGUGUAUGUGUUGCUUCAAGAGUUUAAUUAUGUGUCUUGUUUUGUUUGUGUGUCUGUGUUGUAAUAAGUGAUUCAAAUUUCUUUCUAAGAAAAAGAGAUUUGGUUACACUUCUAGUUGGAGCUACUUGUAUCAUGAUGUUCUACCACCAAUAUAUAUAUUAUAUUGUGUAUGAUUGUUCUACUUA